AUGGCUUCCAUUUUAACAAGUAUUUUAAGCUGUACAGUGGGCUUACUAUGGAAUAAGGCGCGGGACACAACUGCAUACAAGCUUAAAGACGGGGACACUACAGACGAGAAAAUUCGCGAGAUAGUUGUACGAGAGUUAAACGACAUCAAGUCCAAGCUUGAUGGUCUUUCUCGCAAAGACCUACUCAGCAGCUACGGCUUUCUAAAAGAAGGUGUGAAUUUACUUAAUGCCUCUCUUGACAAAUCAAACGACGACGAACACAACGAAACUCAAGAUCAUCAUGAUGAACCAUCAAGAAUGACUGACGGUGCUGGGUUUAGCAUCUUAAACCAAACCUUAGAACUCUCUCGCGCCAUAGGAAAGUUAAAAACUAAAUCGGAUAAAGAGUUUGAAUUUGCGAAGAAAAGAUUCGAAGAAGCGCGUAAGACAGCAACUCAUGCGUUCUUUAAUGAAGCCUUGAGUAUUAAAGAUCGAAUCUUCGCCGGAAAACUUCGUGUUUGUUCCGAGAUACUGGAAUGUCUCGAAAGUCCCGAAACUGCAAUGACAGGGUGUGAAACGUUUCUUCAGGAUCUACACAGCUUACCAGCUAUCCGUGAAAUAUUUUCCGUGUAUCUCAAUGGCGGAAUCAAGUCGAGGCUAAAUAAAGCAGAACGACUGGACAACGUGAAAUCUGUCAUGAUGAUCAACUAUGCUUUAUAUCAAUUUCAUUUCAAAUUCGGCCGCAAACGUACAAAUAAAGUAAUUUGGCCUGGGUGA